GGCCCUCCGACAUCGGCAUCGGAUAUCCUAAAUUUCUCGUUCCUCUCCAUAUACCUCACCGGCGAGAAGAUAAUCGGAGACAACAAACAGUAAACGACGUCGUAAUGCCGCAUAUUCUCAUCCAAAACCCACACUUACGUCCUUUCCCUAACCUAAACCUACGCUCAUCUUCAAUCACAAUCUCAAACACACCUCCGGGGGGGCUGUCGAUUUCCCCGCCCUUUCUUCUCCGCCUGCGCCGGAUAUUCACCUCCAGCGGCGGCGGACAUGGCAGCAGGGGUAGUUUAGUCAAAUGCAUGGCGAAUCCUCGGAGAGUGAAAAUGGUGGCUAAGCAGAUAAGGAGAGAGCUUUCCGACAUGCUGCUCACGGAUAAGGUUUUACAGUACGCUGUGCUGCCCGAAGCCGCUCUCGGAGCUGAUCAGUACCUCUCCUCGCUUACUACUAUCAGCGACGUUGAAGUUUCUGCUGAUUUGCAGGUUGUUAAAGUCUAUGUUUCUGUUUUUGGGGACAAAAGAGGAAAAGAAGUGGCCAUUGCAGGAUUAAAGUCGAAAGCGAAAUAUGUACGCAGUGAGCUGGGCAAGCGCAUGAAGUUGAGACUUACUCCAGAGAUACGAUUUAUUGAAGAUCUGUCUAUUGAGAGAGGAAGCAGGGUUAUUGCUAUACUGGAUAGAAUAAAGCGCGAGAACGAGAAAAAGGAAGCUGAUCUUAAAGCUAAUGCCAAGAAUGACUCAUCUGAACACAGCGAGGAUGAUGAGGAUUGGGAAGUGCAUUUUUCCGGAAGCAGCAUCGCCAUGUUUCGAUCAACGCCAGAUAUGGGCGGGCCGUUGAUGAGUACGCACAAGCAAGGCUGGCCGAGAGCCUUGAGGGCAGCGCAGCAGGCUUCGCUUGGUGGGAUUGGACUAAAAGGAGCGACCGCUGCCCUGCAAGGUAUGAGUUGAACAAGAGCCGAGAAGAAAGUGGCCCCACAUGAGUGGCCCUUGCUUUCCGCCACUAAACUAGCCACGACCACCAACACCACCACCACUACCACUGAAAGCUUCAUUCUUCGUGACCCUUGGUACUGCUACAGUGUGUUUUGAGUCUAUGAUGGUUAGCUGUUAAUAUGGGGUGAAAUAUCACAGUUGAUGUCUAUAUAGCAGCAGAUUGCGCCGAGUGGGGGAUGUUCUGUGCUUAUGUCCUAACUCAUCCUCAUACUCGCCAUAUGACUUGCGUGCCUGUGAAACAGUUGCUGAACUCCAACUUCAUGACUUUGCUUGCCAUUAACUUUAAUAUGUACAACGACACUACUCACUACAUCAACUAAGUCUUGAAUGUGUCUUUACAGGUUGACAUUAGGGAAUAAUGUAAACAUAACGAACUUGAGUGAUUUGUUUCAGCUUAAUAGAAUUUGAAAUCCACCAAGGAAAAUUCGGGUUGGUAGAAA